AGUUCCGUAUUCAAGAUCACUGCUGCUCCCUCGAUCACAGCCUUCAUAAGGGGCUCUGCGUCUGAACAUAUAAAUGUUUUAAUCUUAUUGAAACUGAGAUUUAGAUAACUGCACAGAAGAAUGUCUGGAUUUUAUUAGAAAACUACAGUAAUACUGUUUUCAGGAGACACCACCUAUGAGGAGUACAUCACGAUGACCGUUCUCUGUGUGUGUGUGCUAGUCCUGCUCCUUCCAUGGAAACUAAAUGGUACUCUAACCCUCAACCCAAGUGUCUCCACACAGCAUGAAGUUAUUUCUGAAGGUCAUGGGCCUUCCACAAGAGGGCAUGAAUCUACAGUUAUGUCCACAAGAGAUCAUGCUCAGAUUACCCAAGAGCUCAGAUCUGAAGAUGGUGCUCCUUCUUCAAAAUGGCCCUCAACAAUCUUACAGGAUCACCAUAUUACAGGUGAAAGUCAUACAGAGCACAAAAUAACUGAGACGCAAAUCAUCACAGAAGAAAAGAAGUCAACUUCACAUUUGUCUUCCUUGGGACAGCUGACUAAACGGAGCUCUGAUUACACCAGCCUGCAUGAAGAUCAUGGGCCUUCCACAAGAGGUCAAGAACCAACAGUGAUAUCCACAAGAAAUCAUGAUGAGGACACCACAGGGCUGAGACCUGAAGAUAGUGUGUUGUCUUCAAAAAUGCACUCUCAAAUUACCCAGGACCAACAAAUUACUGGUAUGAGUCACACUGAGAAUAAAACCACAGAGGUGCAAAUCACCGUGGGAGAAAGUGAGUCACCUUCAGAUUUCUCCUCCAGCGCCAGCUCAAAAGGGCACACAAAAAGAAGCUUGGACUACUCUCAAAACAGCCAAACCACAAGUACGCCAACCGAACAGACUACUUUAAUGUCGCAGACAAACAUUACCACUGGAGAUCAGCAUCAAACAUCACAUAUAUUCAAAUCCACUAACAAGACUGGUGUGACAGAUAAUCAACUACAAGAAAUUUCGAGAUCUACAGUUAAGAUCUUCAACCUAGAGACCAAUCACACAAAUUUCCAAACUAGUGAAGUUAUUACAUAUGAACCUCGGAAAGUAUCAGCAGUUCCUCAGACAAACAUGACUACAAAAUGGUCCAAGCAAACCCAAGGAACUGAAGGAACCAAGGCAUCCCCAAGUCACCUAGUACCAUAUACAACCAACACAAGUACUAAUUUGAUGACUACAAGCAACAAAACAAAUCCCACUGCUCCUGCAGUCAGUACUUCCACAAUGGAAGUCAUCACCACAAAAAACCAAUCCAUGAUUAUAGCAGGCUCUUCCACUGGUCUCAUUUCAACUGUUAACACAAAGACUGUCACCACUGCCACAGCCACCAUGGAUAUGAAAACAGACAAAACCAAUACAAGAGGUAUGACUACCUCCACGACUACAUUUACGACAUUCACCACUCGAUUGGGCAAAAAACAAACUGCUAAAAAAAACAAGCCGGAGACUUCAAAUAAUUCACAGCAAGGAAAAGAAAAACAAAAUAAAAACAAUGCAGGUCCCAUAGUAGCAGCUCUGAUUGGAAGUGUGCUGGUUCUUAUGCUCAUUGCAAUCGUGGUAAUCUUAGCAAAAAGACAUCGGAUGCAUAAAAAGAAGCUGGAGAACCCCGAUUGGGCUGGUCCCUCACCGUUCCUCGAAGGUGAUACCCAGCACGGCAAUGGUGAAGACGGACCGUUCCAAAGACGCGACACCAAAAGGAUCUCACUCCAUUCGUUUUUUCCCCAAAGGCUCUCCCAACGGCUUUCGUUGCUGGUAGAAGAAGAGGUCCAAAUGAACGAAAUUGCAGUAAGUAGCACAUUUGGCAAGAAUGAGCAACCACAGAAUGGAAAACCAGCAGAAGAACAGGAGCAGAUCCAGACACAAAAAACAGCCAAUCAAGUUCCAGCUCCUGAGGCAUCUGCAGACUCAACAGUCACCGAGAUGGUAACUGGGCCUGCUGUUCCCGACAACAAUGCGAAUAUCAAACCAACGUCUAAACCUGAUGAUGAAACCAUUCCAUCUCCAUCCUCACAGACAAACACUGUCCCUCCACGUCCAUACGAGGAUGUGGAUCUCAAUCCGCCACAAACAAAUGCUGUAGAUACUCCUCCUGCUCCACCACUACCCUGAACUCUGUGACAUGGAAAAACCGCUUCCUCACCAGAAACCACUAACCAGAAGAGAGCAAAAAAAACCCAGCAGACUGUUAACUGCGUUCAGAACAAGCAACCUAAAGGUAAAAACAAUAUGAAAGACACAGUACUGGAGUAACCUAGCAAAGGUUUACAUUUUAGGAUGGAUUGAUUUGAUUCCUACAGCUUUGUCAAUUAGCUCCUUGAACAAAAGAAAAAAAACAAAAAAAAAAAAAAAACACUUCCUUCGCUUAAGAUUAAUAAAGUAGAUUACUCUGCCUCAUUAAGGCAAAUACUCACUUUAACACACUGAUUGUCUCUGCUAAGGCCUUUUUUUCAUUUGGACCAGCGUUUUAAAAUAAGGACAUGUAGAUCUGCAAAUACAAAAAUGCUCUGGCUUUAGCAAAAGUUGUUAAUUUAAGAGUAUUUACAUUUAUGAUUGUUUAUUUUGAAGGUUUUCUUUGUCAUGUUGUGGUCCAUCAUUAAAUGGCUGCAUUGCAGUAUUAAAUGCUCCAGUUUUAGUUUUAGAUUGAUAUUGGAGAGACUGUGAGUGUGUAGGAUGCCAUUUCCUCUUAUUCUCUGCUCAUGGAACAGUAAAAGCCUGCAAUCCUCUAGCUGAACGUGCACAUAAAAUCACAAUGAGGUGUGUUUGUGUGUGAGACAGAGGGUCCAAGAAUGUGUAUCUAAGUGUGAUGGAGAGGCAGAGAAACACUGAGAAACCGGGGGAGAGAGAGCAAAGCAUCACUGAAACUGUUAAGUGAGUUACUGCAGUGGCACAUGCUACAGCAUCUGAUCGCUUCUCUGAGCAGCAAACAACCUGUGAUCUACAACCCGGCCAGCCCAACUGCAGUACGCAUCCCCUUUUACCGUCACCCAAUUCUGACAGUGUCAUAAUUCUAACAAAAGGUUUAGGUCUUUUUUUUCUUAAAUGAAAACUAAAUUGACUGCAAUAAGAAAAUGAAUUUGAACCUAAAUUAGGACUGGACCUAACAAUUCAAAUACUAGUAUUGUUAUGUUGGCAUUAAAUUGCUCUAUUUAGCACCCAAAAGCUGUCUUAAGAAACAAAAACUGUAACCUGAAAUAAAUUUGAUCAGAAAUGCAUUUAGGUAGAACGGCUACUGUUGUAUAUAAGAAAAGAUUUCACACAUACCAAAUAUAGGAAUUUUAGUUUGGAAUACAUUAUAAAUUUAUUACAGGCAUCCAUGUCACCUUGCUCAAGAGUGUCAUGUGUCCAGUCAGAACCCAGCUCAGUUGCAUAACAGCUACAGGUAGACUUACAUGUCUUUUUUCUAAUUUAACUUUUUUAUAGCAGGUUUAAAACUAGACAGGACAAAGAUCAGGUCUGUGAAAAGUCUGCAACUAUAAGAACAUUUAGAAUAUAGAUAUUCAAGUUAUUUUUGUCACAACUAGAGAUUAUUUAGUUUUAGAUUUUAAAUAUAUUUUUCCUUUUCUAAAUGAAAGGUAUCAAAAAGGUAAAUGUAAAACGGGUCGUUUGUUUAAUACUGCAUCUAUUUUAAGUCUCACCGACCGAGUGACCAAAUGGCAUACCAGUAUCAGAUUUAGCUUUUUUCUUCUUGUAUAUUAAAAAAAAACCCUCCAAAAUCUUGUAGAGCUUGUGCCCAUAUGGUGCACAAAAAAGGAAAUGCCACAGCGGAAUAGGAAAUGAACCACAAGACUAUUUCAGUGGUUUCACUUGUACUGGAACAAAAGUUUAGUUACCAUAGAAAAAGCCUAUGGCAACCUCAACAGUUUCUGUACUAUGGCAGCUGGACACAAUCACUCUGAACUGCUUCAAAAUUAGACUCUAGAACCUGCUGCACAUGUGAACAGUAAACUAGGCAAUGCUGGAUGUACAAUGUGAAUAAUGUGGUCUAGAAGCUGAUGACUGUUUCUAAAGCAUCACAGCAGCACAAAAAGCAACACAGUGCCAGUAAAGACAUCAUGAAAAAACUUGUGAGUUGAAGUGUUGUUCACACGUCUGCUGGUGCUACCACACUUAUGAUGCCUGGUGCAUCACUUGGCUGGAGUAAAUCAUUCUCAGUACAAGAGCAAACCAGGAAAGCAGGUUAAUGUAAUGUAUGACAUUUCUCUGUAAAUAUACCCAGUUAAAAUACAGACAAAUUAGAUCAGACGUAAAACCCUUUAUUUAAAAAAACAAAAACAAAACAACAACAACAACAACAAAAAAAACAACAACAGGAAGCUGUUAGAUCCCAAGCAAGAUCACAUGUGGACAACAAGAUGAUAUUUUAUUGUUAUUGUGAUAUAAAAUAGGCUUUUCUGAGCAUAUUGUGGAUAUCAUCAGUACUCAAAAGAACACUGAACAACAGCAUGUUUUUUAUAAAUAAAAAAAUCAUUAGUUACACUGGAUUUAGCGCAGUGCAUUAUGUGAAAUGGCGAAUAAAAAUGAUUGUACCCAGA